AACGAACAUCACACAUAAACAAAUUAACUGAACAGACGAACGAGAAUCAACGACAACAACAAUAAGAAGAUAGAGAAGAAGAAGAAGAAGAAGAAGAAGAAGAAUAGUAAUGGUAGCAGCAAGACUAUCCAGAGAGUAUCAAUAUUGAAGUGUAUUGGAGCGGUCACUAGUCGCUUGUCGCUGGGCCGCCGCGCGACUCCACCCUUCCCUUCCCGUCGCGCGUUUGCUUCUGAAGUCGCGUCUCAUUGGCUGCCGCGGUAUGUGACGCACGCCAAUCAGAGGGCAACCUGUGUGACCGCUGCACGUGUGAGCCUGAGGGUGGAGACGGAAGGAACACCGCAACACUCAGUCGAGGAUGCAGCACGAAAUGGAAGAGCUGGACUGUGACCGUUUUGACACCGAACUGUUGAUUGAUGAAGUGAAGAAACGUCCAGCGCUUUGGGACGUGACGUGUGUGGAAUACAAGGAAAGAGCCGCCAAGAGAAGGUGUUGGGAGGAGCUGGAGGAAGUAUUCUGCCGCGCCGGGGACACAAUGGCUUCGAGUUUGAGUUUGCAAAAGAAGUGGAAAAAUUUACGAGACUGUUACGCAAGAGAGUUGAAGAAACAGAAGACGCUCCCAUCAGGGAAGAAAGCAAGACGCUAUGUCUACUUCAGGAGGCUGCACUUCUUGGAAAAUCACGUCUCGAAGAAGGAAAGGACCAGGAGUCUUGACAAGGAUACAACAGGAGAUGAGGCCUCGUGCGAUGAAGACAAAGAUGUGACAGGAGAACCCUGUUUGACUGGAACCACACCAUCAACAUUGAGGAGAUUGAUGCCAAAGCUAGUUGAGAAGCAUUCUGAGCCUAUUGUGGAAAGUAGUUUAUCGGCAAGACGAAAGGAGGUAGAAAAUAGUUUAUUGGCAAGACGAAAGGAGGGAGAGAAGUGGAAUGAUGAUGAUGAUGACAAACUCUUUUGUUUAUCCCUAUAUGCAGAACUGAAGAAAGUGCCUGAAAACUCUCGGUUAAGGACCAAAAUCGACUUAUUAAAUGUACUUCAGCAUGCACAGACAUUAGCAGCCUCCCAUUCCACACAGCACGCCCACCACCCACCCUCCCACAGCCAACUAUACAGUACAGAUUCCUCAGGACACACUUGUCAAACAUCAUCACAUUUUCAAGUCCUGCCAUCAACUCCAUCCCCAGUUGUUACAAGCUCGUUUCCUGAAACACAACCAAUCCACCAAGUAGACUGCGACAUGAAACCAUACGCCAGCACCUCAGGUUACAGUGGCAACACAUGGACACGACCUUCAGAAUUCGAUCCACUCCAAAUCACUCCUUCACCAGGAACUGCAAGUCCAGUCUCUGAUACAGAAUCUAAAUUUUUUGAAGUGAUGGAGUAGUUUCGUGACAGAAAUAAAAGGCUUGGUAAGUGUGUCAGGUAAAUGUUAUCUCAGUGGAGGAUGUACUUGUGUUGUUUAACCGAAUAUCAAUCACAGAAUCAUUGUGCACAACAAUAAAGGACUCACCUUCAUGUUAUGAUGAGUUUUUCUCCUGGAGUAACACAGCCCCUCUCCAUGGUGCGUGUUGAAGAUACACGUCAUCUUGAAUUUGUGCAGCAGAUCGUCCAUUGAUUUGAUUGACAUUCUCAGUAGCUGAAGAAUUUGGGUUCAUAAUCUCGCAACUUGGGAUACAAUGUUCUAACUAUGCCAUGGGUAAGCCUGCCAUGAAAAAAAGGGUGAAUCCUAAGUCUCUGUCUUUCCCUCCAACGACGAUACAACAACCAUGCAUAUGCUGCCUCUUCCACAUCCCAGCUAGUCAGCCAGGCAGCCAGAGAGAGAGAGACACAUGCUUGACAAGUAUGGGUAAGGUUGAAGGUAUACGCCUCGGUGCUCAUCUCCGUCGCAUUGACCCUUGAGACUGGUAGGUAAAAGCCCAUUGACCCGAGACACAGGGCCAGUGUGACAUCCGGGUUACCACAAUUUACCUUCCCCAAGUUUCCCCAGGUACCCAUUUAUCGACAAACUCGAGAGGAAUGAUAAACAGCCGGGUGAGCUACACACCAACUGCCCUGGACAAGAUUCGAACCUGAGCCUGUAGCUAGAAAUCCCAACCACUACACCACGGAGGCGGACAAACGCCGCGGCUGAAAACGCCUUGUGUGGACGGUCGCACAUGUUUACCGCGACAGAAAACGCCUCGUGUGAACAUAGCCUUAUUAGGGCUAAUAAAAGACGGAGGAAGAGGAGUACUCAACACUCGAGCCUGACAGACGUGAGGGCGUAUCUCUCGCAACCUUUCCUAUCUUAUCUUAAAAGCGAUGUUCCA